GCGGCCACUCCCGGGAGCAUGAAGGACCGAACCCAGGAGCUCCGCACAGCCAAGGACAGCGAUGAUGAUGAUGAUGUCACUGUCACCAUGGACCGAGACCGCUUCAUGGAUGAGUUCUUCGAACAGGUGGAGGAGAUCCGCGGCUUCAUUGACAAGAUCUCGGGGAACGUGGAGGAGGUGAAGCGGAAGCACAGCGCCAUCCUGGCCUCCCCCAACCCUGACGAGCAGACAAAGGAGGAGCUGGAGGAGCUCAUGUCCGACAUAAAGAAGACAGCAAACAAAGUGCGCUCUAAGCUCAAGGGCAUCGAGCAGAGUAUCGAGCAGGAGGAAGGCCUGAACCGCUCCUCAGCCGACCUGAGGAUCCGCAAGACACAGCACUCCACGCUGUCCCGGAAGUUUGUGGAGGUCAUGUCCGAGUACAACGCGACGCAGUCUGACUACCGCGAGCGCUGCAAGGGCCGCAUCCAGAGGCAGCUGGAGAUCACCGGCCGGACUACGACCAGUGAGGAGCUGGAGGACAUGCUGGAAAGUGGGAACCCGGCCAUCUUUGCUUCCGGGAUCAUCAUGGACUCCAGCAUCUCGAAGCAGGCCCUGAGUGAGAUUGAGACACGGCACAGUGAGAUCAUCAAGCUGGAGAACAGCAUCCGUGAGCUGCACGACAUGUUCAGGGACAUGGCCAUGCUUGUGGAGAGCCAGGGGGAGAUGAUUGACAGGAUCGAGUACAAUGUGGAGCACUCGGUGGACUACGUGGAGAGGGCCGUGUCUGACACCAAGAAGGCCGUCAAGUACCAAAGCAAGGCACGCCGGAAGAAGAUCAUGAUCAUCAUCUGCUGUGUGGUCCUGGGCAUUGUCAUCGCCUCCACCUUUGGAGGCAUCUUUGGAUAGAAACCACCCCAGCUGCCACUCCACUGUGGAUGGUCCACCCACAAGAGGCCCCCUGGCUGCUGCCGCCUUCUGGCUCAGAGCUCCGUCCUUCCCACCCCAUCCUGCUCCUUUCUCUGCCACAGGGCCCUCCGUACCCACCCUGCCCUGAGCCGUCAUGUGCAUGAUCUUUGUAACAGUGUGCGUCUGUACAGAAGGGGCAGAGGGGAGGCAGGCUGGGAAACAGCCAGUGAGGUGGCGAUGGGUCAGCAAGGGAUAGACUCAGGCCCUGGCCCAGGCCACCUCGCCCUCACCAGGCAGGGCUGCCUAGGGUAGCCAUAUUGCCCUUCCCCUACUGUAAUCCCAGUAAUCCCACUCCGGCCUGGGGUCUCCCCUCUCCUGGGAUCAAGGCCUUCUCUGGACCCCAACCUUACCUCCUACUGACCAGCCCAUCUGCCCCGUCCUCUGUCCUCUCCAGCUGUCCCCCUAAGGGGUGGGGACCAGCUGGCCACAUGGUGCUGCUUUUCAGGUUAGGGGAGGGGUGGCCCUGAGAGACAGCCCAGCUCUAAGCCUCUAAUAGCCAGCCAAUCACUGCCAGGGAGGCUCAGGGUGCCAUGGCCAGGUGGCUUCCAGCUGUGUCAAGACCAGGAUCCCUCCCCUACCUGGGGGCAGAGUCCAACAGGUCUUUGGCUGCCUUAGCCUUCCUUCCUACAUACCCACAGCCCCAGGAGCAACCCCUUUGGGCUAUGCCUAACCCCAGGUAACAUUCUGGAAGAAGUUGGCUGGUGCCUGCUCUCCAGCCCCCCUUGUAGCUAGGGAGGCAGGGCAAGCCCCAGUGUCAGGCCUCUGCCCUGGCUGAAGCCCACAGCAUGGGCCAGCCACUCUCCCCAGCAGGCCUUAGUCAGGUCCUCAAGCCAUUGUGUCGCAUGUUUGGGACACUAGUCCCUGCUCUCUUGUGCUCUGGCAAGUCAGAUGUCACUUCAGGCCUGCAAUCACGUCCUGCCCUUGCUGUCCCCCAUUGAUGUGCCACGUGGGUGUCAGGUGUCUUGGAUGCAGUAUUCAGCAGCCGGCCAGGGAGGGGUACCUCCCCCUCCCCAUCUUGGGGCUUCUCAAGUCAGAAAUGUGCCCCCACCCCAAGACCCCUCUUCCUCGUUGACAGGCAGGGAUUGUGCAUGCGACUGCAUGCAGUAGGGGAUGGGGCCACGUCUGUGCCCCACCUUCCCUCAGCUUUGCUCCUGCCCAGUGACUGUGACCACUGUCCGUGUUGCUUUCUUGAACAGCGACUUCCCUCCCCUCCUUCACCCCCUUCACCAAAGGUCAUGGUACAACCAGCUGCCCAUUUUGUGAAAUUUUUAUGUAGAUUAAACAUUUGUUAUCUGUACUGUGCCUCUGCCCUAGAUUUCUUACUGUCACCAUGUCAUGGCCUUCAACUUGGGGGUGAAUGUAUGUGGCACUAAUGGAAAGGGGCUCAGGGGUGAAGGAUCCCAACCUCCUCCCCCAGCUUUCAGUGUCCAGACCCUCUGGCCCCUCCACCCCACCCAGUCUCAGUUCCUACUUAACACCUGAUGCCUGUUCUGUACCGCGGGCCCAGAACCACCCCCCUUCCCACUUCCAGAAGUCACAGCAACUACUGGAUCCCCUCUCUUAUCAGCCUGCUAGACAGUCCCCCUAACGCACCCAGUGCAGGUCCUGCCCUUCUGACCACUAGUGAUCAGACAGGAGACAGGCCCCUGAGGCAACCAAGCGUUGGGCUGGUCAGGUCAGCAGCUGAUGAUGGCUCAGGGCCAAAGGUCAGCCCAGGCCACUGGGAUCACAGAUACAUUUCAUCCUGCCCAUCCUUCCCAACUGUGCCCAGUGUAGUAGUAUAUAAUAUAGUUAUAUAUAAGCAGCCCUAAAUUAAAGGAAACUACCUGUGCCCUCUGUAGGUUAAAAGAGUGCUUUUGUACAUUUAAAUUCUUUAAACCUAACUUGUACCUGGGGAAUGAAGUAGUAGGCCCCACCAACAGAGGAACUUAAGGAAUUUGUUGAGGACCACAGCGCUGGAAAAUGCCAGA